UGUUUUUUUUUUUAAAGAACCAGAUUGAGUCUUAAAUCUUGACAAACACAAACCUUUGACGUGGCCACAAUUUUUUUAAUUCUGUUUAAUACCAUAACUAUAACGUAAAAGUUCUUACACUUCAAUGCACGGAUGUUAAGAUUACACCAGCAACAAUACAUAAACCAUUUGUGUUUCAAUAAGUCUGUGCAAAAUUAUAGAAAUAACCACAAUGACAGAAGAUAACCAACGAAAGAGCCAUACGAAUAAAUGGAUUUUACGAAUAGCACUUGGCACAUUUUUGCUGCUUAUACUUUUGAAUUUGCCAACUCUUUGUCAAACUCAUGAUCACGGCGAAUCACGAAGUUUCAAAUAUUCCAAAGAAGCUAAUGAAGUGUAUUUACAAAAGCAACAGUCUAUAUAUCAUAACGAAAUUCUAUAUCAACAUAAACAUGAAGAUGAUAACUAUGACCAUCAACAGAAAUCAGUUUUGCCUGACAGGACUUAUAAUAAAGUGUUUUUUAGAGCUACUGUAUCUACCUUAAUCAUAUCAGCAGCACCAUUUCUUAUUUUAUUCUUUGUACCUUUAGAUAAUACUAAAGAAUGUGAACCACUACUAAAAAUAUUAUUAAGUUUUGCAUCUGGUGGUUUAUUAGGAGAUGCAUUUUUACAUUUAAUUCCUCAUGCUUUGCUUCCUCAUGCACAUGAAUCUCCUGAAGAAGUACAUUCGCAUUCACAUUCUCAUAAUAAAGGCGAAGAAGAAUCAGAACAUGGACAUGAUAUGUCUGUUGGUUUAUGUGUAUUAUUAGGCAUCAUCAUGUUUUUAAUUGUUGAAAAAGCAGUGAGAAUUAUUAAAACUGACCAUGGUCAUGUACAUGUGCAUAAAGCCACAGAAAAGCUAUCAAAAGAAAAUAAAAAUGAUAAAAAACUAUUAAAAGAUCUUAAUAAAUCUGAUGUAGUCUCUAAAGAAAAAAAAGCAGAAAGUUCUCAAAGUAAAAUAAAAAUUGCUGGUUAUUUAAAUUUAGUUGCUGAUUUUUUACAUAAUUUCACAGAUGGUCUUGCUAUUGGAGCUAGCUAUUUAGCUGGUAAAAAUAUUGGGUAUAUUACCACAUUUACAAUUUUGUUACAUGAAGUACCUCAUGAAAUAGGAGAUUUUGCUAUUUUAAUACAAAGUGGUUAUAGUAAAAGAAAGGCCAUGAUGCUUCAGCUUAUAACUGCAGUAGGUGCAUUAUUAGGAACUUGUAUAUCAUUACUUGCAGAAGGCAUAGGUGAUAUUGCAACUAUGUGGAUUCUUCCAUUCACAGCUGGAGGAUUUAUUUAUAUCGCUACAGUUUCUGUAAUACCAGAACUUUUGUCCGAUACUAGUUUUAGACAGUCUGUAAAAGAAAUUAUUGCGCUUCUUUUAGGUGUAUAUAUGAUGGUACUUAUAGCAGAAUAUGAAUAAUUUUGUAUUGCAUUUUUCUUUAAGCAUAUUGUGAUCACUUAGUAAGAAUUUAUUUGACUGCUAUAAUAAGAACUCAAAAUUAGAAUUUAUAUUUUUACAAUAUUGUAAUUAUAUUAUUUAACGGAUACUAGUAAGUAUUCUAAUAUGUUGUAAAACAAAUACCAGUGAAAAUAAUACUGUAUAACUAACACAAAUGUUAGCAUUAUGUGGAAAAAAUUUAAUACAUUUUUAAGUAUCAUUCAUGUCAUAAAUAAUUCUUAUUUCAGAAGAAAUGAUACGCAUAUACUCAAACAUUAUAUAUAUAUAAUAUAUUUUUCGCAAAUGUA